AUGGAGGUGGAGAAGAGGAUAGUAGUGAAUGGAGGCAUGAGAUUACCAAUAGGAUAUAGAUUCCACCCAACGGAGCAAGAGCUUAUCCUUCAUUACUUACUCCCAAAGGCCUUUGCUUCUCCUUUGCCUUCCUCCAUCAUUCCUGUCUUUGACCUCUUUUACUCUCAUCCUCUUACUUUCCCAGGGGAUCAAAAGGAGAAGCAGAGGUACUUCUUUUGCAAGAAGAAAGAAGUGUCAAGUAAUGAGCGUAGAAUCAAGAUUUUAUCUGGUGAUGGUUACUGGAAACCUAUUGGGAAAGAGAGACCAAUAUUUGCCUGUGGUGGAACAGUUGGGAUUAGAAGAACACUUGCUUUCUAUGAAAUAAACAAGUCUUCUUCUGAUUAUAACAAAACUAAAUGGAACAUGACCGAGUAUUGCCUUGCGGGAUUUGCAUCGGCUAAGGUGUUUGGAGAAUGGGCAGUGUAUAAUGUGUAUGAAAGGAAAGGAUCAAAAGCAAGAAAACAGAGGAAAUCAAGAGAUAUAGGUGAUGAAGAUUUGAGUUGCAGCAUCAACUUUACGGUUGGAUCCGAUCAUGAAACUGGUCCGCCACCACCUUCUCCUCCUACCUCAGCUGAUGAGUGAUUAAUAUCUAAGAGAACACGUUGAGAUGUGACAAAGCUCCUAAACCCUAACCUACUAGGCCACUUACGUUUUUGUCAAGCUAUUUAAAAAAAAAAAAAUCCACGUCUCUUGAUUCAUUUGUUUGAGAAAUAAGUAACAUGGGGCUAGAGAGCUUAUUUUGAUCUGAAAACUGUUGUAUUGUAUGAGUUGAGAUUGCCAUGCUUUCGUUGAGCAAAACCAAAUAUAUGUCAAACUUGUUUGUUGAUUAUUUUUA